CAGCCUUGGGUUUGUUGAUUAGAUUACAAAAAUAGCGCCAACGACAUAAAAAAAACGCGCCAACUGCUGUUCCGAAAAGCAUCGGAUUGGAUUUGGAUAGAAGUUACGCCAAUCCGUCGAGCUGCGGAUCCAAGAAUCAGAUUUCGUUUUUGCUUCGAUUAUCGAUUAGAUUUAAAGGGGACGACGCACCGACGGGUUCGCAACCCUAGUUUUUCGAUCUGAUCUUUCCCCUAUCUUCGCCGCCCAACUUCCCCCCAUCUCGCGCACUCCGUCGAACAUGGCGGCGCGCGGGCAGGGGCAGGUGCAAGAUUUCGACUUCUUCGUGGUGGUCGACUUCGAGGCGACGUGCGUGAAAGACGGGAGGAUCUUCCCGCAGGAAAUCAUCGAGUUCCCCGCCGUGCUCGUCGACGGCGCCACCGGCCGCAUCGAGUCGGCGUUUCGCAGGUACGUUCGUCCAAAACAUCACCCUGUGCUGACUCAAUUUUGCAGGGAACUCACCGGCAUCCGGCAGGAGGACGUCGACAGCGGCGUGGAUCUCGGCGAGGCGCUCUGGCUGCACGAGGCUUGGCUGAAGGCGGCGACGGCGGGGGCAGGGAGCUUGGCCGUCGUGACCUGGGGAGAUUGGGAUUGCCGCACCAUGCUCGAGUCAGAGUGCCGCUUCAAGGGGAUCGAGAAGCCGUCCUACUUCGAUCGCUGGAUCAACCUGAGGGUCCCCUUCCAGGCGGCGCUCGGCGGCGGAGGGCGGGUCACCCUUCAGGAGGCGGUCCGGGCGGCGGGACUGGACUGGGAGGGCCGCCUGCACAGCGGGUUGGAUGACGCGCGCAACACGGCGCGGCUUCUUGUUGAGCUCAUGUUGCGUGGGGUCAAGAUGACCAUCACGGGCUCGCUGGCGCCAUCGCCGCCGAUCCAGCAGCAGCCGCAGCAGCUUCUCACAAGCCCUUGCGGUGGCUCAUCGGCGCUGGCGCCGCCGCUGAUCCAGCAGCAGCAGCAGCCGCCGCAGCCUCACAUGAUAAGCCCCUGCGAUGGCUUGCCUGGGACGUGCUUCUGCUACUGCAGGGUACCGACCAGAGGAGGCGUGGUGUCCGUGCCAGGGCCGAUGCAGGGGAAGUGCUUCUUCGGGUGUGGCAACUGGACGCCGGCCAUGGGACCCGUCUGCCCCUACUUCGUAUGGACCAACUGAAUGAACCACCCAUGGCACCAGGUUCAGUGUAGCUCAGCUGUUAGUGUAAAUCGUGCUAGCCAUCAGAAUCAGAGCUUAGCUCGGCUGAUUCUAGCCAGUCUAGAUGUGAAUUUGGUCUCUGGAACCAAACGUGGCCAAUGGGGCUACUCUUGAUGUAAUUGGUGUCUGAAUUAGUAUUAUCAAUAGAAAUUCUUUUUAGUUA